AUGGUUCGCAUCACCUCAAUCGUCAUUUCCCUGAUUACCAUGGCCCUCGCCGUGGAGGCUUGCACCAACUGCCAGUGCCACUUUGCGGACGGCUCGCACUGCUGCGUGGUUGAAGCUCUCGACAAGGACUGCGCGCGCGUCUGCGCAGGUGCCAAGCGUGGCAAGGACGACAAGCCGUGCGAUGCGGGUGGAUCGUACAACUGUGUCGGCGAGAUCACCUCUCUCGGCCGCAUGUCUUGCAAGGGACCUACUGCGCACUAA